GCCCGGGGCCCAAGCAAUGCAGGGGUUAACUUUGCUGAAAACACAAUUAACUUUUCCCUAUCCUGCGUGGGGUGGGGUGGGGGAGGGAGGUAUUUAUUGCCUCGCUGGGGAGUGGGGUGGUCUCAGUGCCUCCUCUCUCAAAGGCACAGGCGCUUCUUUUGCAGAUCCUACGUAGGUGGCACCGGAUGCGGACGUGUUGUGUUGGAGGGAGAGAGAAAGAGAGAGAGAGAAAGGAGGGGGAAAAAAGGUUGAUAGGUUUGUGCGCGGGUCCCUCGUGCGGGCUGCGCUCCUCCUGGGUGCUAUUUGACAAUUCCUGACUCUACCAUUGGUCAGUGUUGGAUCAGAUGGUUGUAUUUCCUUCUGGCCCUCACUGGCACCUCGCCAUCCCCCCUCAGCUAAAACCCAAUCUCGGAUAUACUACUAAUAGGCGCGGCGCUCGGACUAUAAAACACAACAAAUCAUAAACCCGGCGGAGCAGCAGUGGCCGCGCGCGCCUCCCCUCCCAAUGAGUUCCUAUUUCGUGAACUCCCCCUUCCCCGUCACUCUGGCCAGCGGGCAGGAGUCCUUCCUGGGCCAGCUACCGCUGUACUCGUCGGGCUAUGCGGACCCGCUGAGGCACUACCCCGCACCCUACGGGCCGGGCCCGGGCCAAGACAAGGGCUUUGCCGCUUCCUCCUACUACCCACCGGCCGGCGGCGGCUACGGCCGAGCGGCGCCCUGCGACUACGGGCCGGCGCCGGCCUUCUACCGCGAGAAGGAGUCGGCCUGCGCGCUCUCCGGCGCCGAGGAGCCGCCCCCGUUCCACCCGGAGCCGCGGAAGUCAGACUGCGCGCAGGACAAGAGCGUGUUCGGCGAGACGGAGGAACAAAAGUGCUCCACUCCGGUCUACCCGUGGAUGCAGCGGAUGAAUUCGUGCAACAGUUCCUCCUUUGGGCCCAGCGGCAGACGAGGCCGCCAGACCUACACGCGCUACCAGACGCUGGAACUGGAGAAGGAGUUCCACUACAACCGCUACCUGACCCGGCGGCGGCGCAUCGAGAUCGCGCACGCCCUGUGCCUGACCGAGCGCCAGAUCAAGAUCUGGUUCCAGAACCGGCGCAUGAAGUGGAAAAAGGAGAGCAAACUGCUCAGCGCGUCCCAACUCAGUGCAGAGGAGGAGGAAGAAAAACCGGCCGAGUGAAGGUGCUAGAAAGGGAGGGGGGACGCGAAGGGAGAGGCCUGUGGGGAUGCCAAGGGCGUCCGAGAGCCGGGACCGGCUCUGCGGGCGGGGGAGCUUGGGGACCCGGCGCGCGACGGGCGGGGCCCAGCGCUAGCCCGGACCCGGCCGCCCCCCGGCUGCAGAGCUCUCGCCUGGCGCGCGCGCCGCCCCCCAGCCCACCCAGCACCCCGAGCGCCUCCUCCCUCCCGAGGACCCCGCCUCAGCGCCCCCCCUCCAGUUGGCUCCCCGGUGAGAACUGAGGGUCGGACUCACUUGACGUCUCCUGGAAGCAAAGCGAACCGCUCUUGCCCGCGUCGCGUCUCGCUCGGUCCCUGUCCCCCCCUUCCCACCCCCGUGCACGGUUCAAUGGUAGAGUCGUGGUCCCCUCAGCAGGGACCUCGAAGACUCCCUGACCUCCCCCUUCCCCAGACCUGUCGUCUCUCUCACCCGGUCCCCAAAGCCACUGGAAGGGGCACAUACUACCUAGAAGUCAGAAGAGGAGCCUCAGAAGAAAACAAAGUUAUAUUUUAUUAAUUUUCUAUGUGUUGUGUUUGUAGUCUUGUCUUAGCUCUGGACGUGAAAUACUUCGGUAAUAAUAUUAAUAUUAUUAAUAAUGAUGACAAAUAAUAAUAAAGACGUGGAAACUCGC